GUCAAACAUGCUUGCAACCGUGAUGAAACAAUUGAAAAGCCAUCCGGCGCUGAUUCCUCUCUUUAUUUUCAUCGGUGGUGGAGCGACCAUGUCUAUGCUUUACCUGGGCCGCCUUGCACUAAAAAACCCUGACUGCUCAUGGGAUCGCAAGAACAACCCUGAGCCAUGGAACAAACUGGGGCCAAAUGACCAGUACAAGCUCUUCUCGGUCAACAUGGACUACUCUAAGCUGAAGAAGGACAGGCCUGACUUCUAAACAGAGGCUAGUGAAUCAGCUGGCUGAGUAAACUAUGUGUGGCUAUUUAAAGGAACACUCCACUUUUUUGGAAAUAGGCUCAUUUUACAACUCCCCUGGAGUGAAACAGUUGAGUUUUAUACUUUUACAUUCAGAUGAUCUCUGGGUAUGGUGGGAGCACAUUUAGCUUAGCUUAGCAUAGGUCAUUGAAUCAGAUUAGACCAUUAGCAUCUCACUCAAAAAUGAGUGUUUAAAUCAUUUUCUUGUUUAAAGCUUGACUCUUCUGUAAUUAAAUUGUGUACUGACUAAGACUGAAUGAAAAUCAAAAGUAGCUAUUUUCAAGGCUGAUAUGUCUAGGAGCUAUACUCUCACUUUGGUGUAAUAAUCAAGGAACUACCAUAGCUACAGCAGGCACAUAUUAAACACAUUCUAAAUGGUGUAGCGAUUGGUGCUGGGGACUAUUUCGAGGUACUGUGUAAUAUCACUGGUCUUUGGUCAUUUUUGAGCGAGAUGCUAAUGGUCUAAUCCGAUUCAAUGAUUUAUGCUAAGCUAAGCUAAAUAAUGCUCAAACCACACGCAGAGAUGAGCUGAAUGGAUUCAAAAAUAGUAAAACUCAACUCUAGGAGAGUGAAAAAAGUGGAGCGUUUCUGUAACAACACAUCAGACACCGCAACUCUUCUUUGAAUUUCAAUCUCUGGUUUAAAAUGCUCAAGAAACCGAAGCUAUAUAAUAUAUAAUUAGCUAUAUAAUUUGAAUGUCUAAUCUUUAAUCGGAAAUAAUAUUUUGUACAGCUCUAUCAAUAUCAAUUAUAUACCAUUAUCCAAAUAAACAAGACAUACAGCAAUAA